UAGCGGGCGCUGGGCGGGGCAGAUGCGCGGGGGGGUUUAUAUUUGUCUUGGCGGUAGAGUGAAAGUGGUUCUGAGCAAGUCACCAGGUGUUGAGAAAGGGGCUUGGGAAUGGCGUUUAUGUCUCUGAAGGCACGGUCCCACAACCCGGUUCAAAGCCACACGGGAGAAUGUAAAACCACUGCACCAAAGUUUCUUGCUUUUUUAUCCGGUCCGUCGCCACUCAGUUCGACAUAUUUGACAGAUUGAACUUGCAUCGUGUAAGUGGAAAUGGCAUAUCAUCUUUGAAGAGUGUAUAGUGCAGCAAAGCAGGAGAAGUGUGGGCAGCAUGUUCAUCUAACAGCGUAUUGCUGGUUUAUGAUUGUUCAUCUGCAGUGUCUAUAGAAAAAAGUAAAAAUCCUGUGUUUUGGGAAAUGUGCUGUGAUUUAAAAAGGAGGUUUUUGCUCCUCUAUGCAACACAAAAGGGGCAGGCAAAAGCCAUAGCUGAGGAAAUAUGGCAGCAAGCAGGUACCCAUGGACUUGAAGCUGAUAUGCACUGUAUAAGUGAAAUGGAUAAGUAUAACCUGGAAACAGAAAAGGAUCCUGUGGUUAUUGUUAUUUCCACUACUGGUACUGGAGACCCACCAGACACUGCCCGCAAGUUUGUAAAGAAAAUUCAAGACUCAACCUUGCCACCUGAUCAUUUCGCACAUCUCCAGUAUGGAUUGCUAGGUCUGGGAGAUUCAGAGUACAUGUUCUUUUGUAAUGGUGGAAAGACAGUAGACCGACGACUUCAAGAACUUGGUGCCCAGCACUUCUAUGACACAGGAUUAGCAGAUGAUUGUGUAGGUUUGGAAUUAGUGGUUGAUCCUUGGAUUGAUGGACUUUGGCUUGCUCUCAAGGAAGCAUUGCUACUGCAGAAAGAAAAAGAAGGCAUGAACAAUGUUGUCGAUGCUGUUACUAGCUCUCUCUCUCUAGCUCCACAUGUUGUGCAUGAACUGAACUUAAACUCUGAAGUACAGAACUUGAAGCUAGAAGAUGAGGGAGCGAAGAGUUCUGAUGUUCUGUCACAGAAAGUGGAUGACAUUAAUCUUGUGACUCCAGCUAGAAACACCGAACCUUCACUUGUUAAUUCCAUCCCUCCUCUCUCCCAGUCUGCUCUUAAUAUUCCUGCCCUGCCACCAGAAUACAUAGAGGUGCAGUUUCAAGGCACCCAUGGUGAGAAUCCACAUCUGUCCUCACUUAUCUCGGAGGAAACAACCUUUGAAGUGCCAGUUACAAAAGCAGUUCAGCUCACUAGAGAAGAUGCAAUAAAAACUGCUUUGCUCUUAGAACUUGAUAUUUCAGUAAGUUAGUGAUGGCUUUUUCUUUAGUGGGUGAAAAUAAAGGGUGGAAAGCAUGUGUGUUAUAUAUAAUAACUGUAGGGAAAAU